CAGCGACGUGUCAGAUGUGUUUUGAAAAUUUAGCAGGCAAUCAGCCUUGUGCAGCCAUCGUUAAAAUUACAAAUUAAAGCCAUGCUAGACUGACCAUUUCCAGCAAACGUCAGUCAAAAUGAACAUCGGGUCGAAAAGUAAGAAGAGAAUGGUGCUUCCGACGCGCCCGGACCCGCCGUCAGUGGAGCAGAUUAUAGAAGACAUUAACAGAGCUUAUCCUAAUGACCCGGUCUUCAGUAUACUGCAGGACUCCAGCGAAGAUCCUAAAGGAGGCUCUGGAAACCCUGAGGUGGAGCAGAAGUACCAGCUGAGUCGACGCUUCCUGGACCUGAACGAGAGGCUCCAGGAGGCACGUGGUGACAUGGUUCGGCAGAGAGAGGAGCUCCGGGCAGUGGGAGAGGCUUUGGAGAGCAGCAUGCUUGAGGUUAAAGGUCGAGCACUUUGCCCUUGAUGUGCUCGUUUGAGUGUAAAUUCCUCAGACAGGCUGAACUGUUUCAUCUGACAACUUCCAUAAUUUAUUCAGAUUUUUAAAAUCAUUGUGACAGUUUUGAUUCAUAGACCUCUCAAGCAUUGGAUGGCAUUUGAACACUGCAAACCACAAGGGGUCAUUUUUGCUGACCCCUUAAAGAUUAGUGAUUUAGUGUUGCACUAUUGUUUGCUGACUACAUCUGCAAAACAGAAAAUUGUGUCUAAACCUGCGUUAAAAAAAUGCGUUAUCAAUUCCUCCAAGUGUCUUUUUUUCCUUUGUUUCUGCAACAAGGGGCUGUUUCUCACUGUUUUCUUUGUAAAUUAAGGAUGUUUUAUGUUCAUUGUCUUAUGUUCAUAUGUGUUGUCCAAUAUUACUGUAGCCUUGCACUGCAGAAUCAAAAGCAUUAAAAUAAAUUCACACGGAGACAGA